GACAAAAGUCCGCUUCUUUUUAGCGUGAGAAAUUGGAUGUUUUGGCGUGAGUGCGUGUGAAAACAUGCAAACGCGUGUGUCACACGGUGAAACCUGAGCUGGCAGCUAUGUAGAUACAUUUAAAAGUGCGACUGUUCGAGGAACAAUGCAAAAAAAGACUAGUAACAAACGGUGGGAAAAUAAAACACCGCGAGGAGUUUAGGGAUUUGUCAACAAUAUUUUUUGCAGUUUAUUCUUGAUUUUUAAAAAAACUACCGGGGCAUUUUUGACGCCAUCACGUUUGCCGACGCACACAGGAACCUUCAACCGAGUCUUUGUGAGUCUACGGACAGUUUAGUGCGCUGGACCGGUGCAGUAGACGCGUCUAGGCUUUGACCUCCUCUUCUUAAUAUGAACUUCUAGCUGCAGGGCAGUCAUGUUUAACUUAAAGGCCUUACAGAAAAACAAAACUGUCAAAUAUGGAGUCCCUAUGCUUUUGCUGGUAAUUGGAGGUUCCUUCGGCCUGCGAGAGUUUACACAAAUACGAUACGAUGCCCAGAGAAUCCGAAAAAGGCUGGAUCCUUCACUGGAGGCCAAAGUGAACCUGGAGAAGCAGUCAGUCAUGCUGGAGGAAGAGUACGAGAGUUCGGAUGUUUUAAAGCUCAUCUCCUGUUGUCGAAUCUUUGUCCUUCCUGCAGAAGAUGAAGCAAGUGAAUUUGGAUCAGUGGAAGAACAUCCGUGGUCCUCGGCCCUGGGAGGACUCCAAGGAGUACCAGGAGCAGCAGCGCACCAGGCAGAAUAAGGAGUGAGGAGCAGGCGCGGGAGGGUGGAGCGGACUGAACGCGCCCUGCAGCCGGGCGGAUAUAAGGAAACGGCGGGCGCAGUCUUGUGGUCAUGGCGCGGCUGUGACCCCCGACGAGCUGCAGGUCUACGGCUCACAAGUGGGGGACUCGACUUGUCUGGUCUUCCGUAACAAGCCGCGGUCCCUUCUGGUGUUUCACGCAAUCCGAACUGUAAGAGGUUAAAAAGACACCACCUGGUGCAGGACGCAUCGCUCUAUUGUUUUGCACUCACCAGCAUGAAGGAGUCAGCUGCUCCCCGGUGCUCAGGAGUGUGUGAAACAGACCACCAGUAGGUGGCACAUCUGUGUGCCGCUGCACCUUCGCCUUCCAGUGGAGAGCGAGGAAGGAGAAUUAAUGUUUGUGUAAGACUUCCAUGUUUCAAUAAAUUAUGUUCUAUUGAUCUAAAUUUUUACUUUCACUUUCAUUUAGUUUCUGACAAAAGCUUUUAGUCUUUGUUUACACCGGGGUUGCAUUGAAAAUAAUAAAUAACAGUGCAGCCUUUCCUCAGGCUUUAUAGGUCUCGACAGUAAUCCGUUUUUCUGACAGUUAUUAUUUUGAAACGCGGUGGAUUUAUUACGUUUAUAAUGGAAAUGGUAUUGGCUUUUUGCUUUUUUUUUGGUUCUUCAAUGCAGAAGAACAUGCUUUUUGCUGCAAAUCUUGUUGGUGCAAGUAGUGUUUGGGUGACAGACGGAUAAUGAAUGCACUGCCUCGCCUCGUUCUGAUUGUGAAAUGGGAUGUCAUGAAUAUAGUUCAGGUUGAGAGGUCUGUAUGAAAAUGUCCUGGGACACAUUUUCAGUAAUCAUGUUUUUCGAGUCACUCUAAUAUUUGCUGUUUCUCUGGCUGUGGAUAUUACGAGACACAAACAGCCCAUACGUGAGGAUUAUUUUGUUCUUCAUGCACAGGUUGUGCAGAUGGAAAUCUUGCUUUGUCGUCCUGCUUGUUAAGGUGUUCAGCCUGAGCCUUUAAUCCACCGAACAUGUUAAUCAAGCAAUUUGUCACAGAAUCGGCAGUUGUUGUUCUGUGUCGAUAAAACGUGUGGCGUGUGCUUUCUGUCUAAAUUUAGAGUAGUCACAUGUUGGUGCGUCUGUAAUCUUAGAGGUUGCUCACGCUGUUAUUCUGGAUGCUGCACAGGGGCCCCAUGGCUGUUUGUGAUUAGAUGUGUACUGUCUAAAAAAUCCAAACUACACCCUGAACGCUGCUAUUUCCAACCGGGGAAGUAGAAAUACCGAAGAUGCGUUCCAGCUCCAUCCUUUUUUCUUUUACUUUCAAUAAAUACUACAGCAGACCUGACAGAGCACGUACUGCAGCAUGCAGCAGACAUUAGACACGUCCUCAUGAUAUGCAACUUUCAACCUCUUUGUCAUCUAGCUCACUGAGGUUUAUUUUUUAAAGAUAAGACGUGUAGUGGAACGUACUAGAAGUUUCAUUCUGACCGGACCUCACGAGGAAUCGGCAAGCUUUGGACUUAAAGAUAAUUCCCAAACACUCACCUGUUCCCAUAGGGACUAUUUCUUUUGUCUAAAGUAGUUCCAGUGAAGCCGGUUGAAAAGGUGUAUGCAGACUUUCUUCUUGAUUGAUUGAUGAUUUGCGUGAACUGACUAUAAUAAAAGCUUUUCUAUGUUCUGCAGAA